AUGGCUACAACCCAAGGCUUCGGGACCCAAAAGGUCAACCGCCUCUCCAGCAUGGACGCGGAGCGAGCAGAUCUGUACGGCGGCCCAAGUGUAUCGAUGCCCCCCAAGCACUUGAUGGCUUCUCCCUUGGACAAGGUCCCCGCCAUGGAUGUUGAAUCAGACCGCAGCUCAUCUGAAGAUGAUGUUCUUUCUUCAGAGGAGGAGGAUGCCCUGGCCACUCCCAUGACCAUGCCCCAAAUGACCGUGAGCGAUGACUUUGCUUUGGCCUUUGAUAUCGACGGCGUCCUGAUCAAAGGUGGCGAGGUCAUCCCGGAGGCGGUGGAAGCUAUCAAGUAUAUCAACGGUGAAAACCCAUACGGCGUGCAAGUGCCCUAUAUUUUCCUGACCAACGGCGGUGGCAAGACUGAAAAGGAGCGUUGCCAGGACCUCAGCCGUCAGCUAGACUAUGAAGUCUGCCCUGGACAGUUCAUCUGUGGCCACACUCCCAUGCGGGAGAUGGCUGAGCGCUACGAGACCGUUCUGGUCGUUGGUGGUGAAGGCGAGAAGUGCCGCAUCGUUGCUGAGGAAUACGGGUUCCAAAAUGUCAUCACACCCGGAGACAUCAUCAAGACGAGACAUGACACCACUCCGUUCCGCAAGUUGACCGACGAGGAGUACCGAAACUCCCGUGAGUUGGACAUGGAAAAGGUUCGCAUUGACGCCAUCUUUGUCUUUGCCGACAGCCGCGACUGGGCUGGUGAUCAGCAGAUCAUUCUGGAUUGCUUGAUGUCGGUCAAUGGCCAGUUGGGCACUCGCUCGGAGACCUUCGAUCAGGGUCCUCCCAUCUUCUUCUCGCACAACGACGUGGUCUGGGCCACUUCCCACGAACACUCUCGGAUUGGCAUGGGUGCUCUCCGAGCCUCGCUUGAGGCUCUGUACAAGGCUAUCACCGGCAAGGAAUUGAAGACCGUGGCCUUUGGCAAGCCCCAAAUGGGCACUUUCGAAUUUGCGACUCGCCUCCUGGGCCAGUGGCGCAAGGACUCUCACGGCAUUGCCCACCCUCCCUCGACCGUCUACUUUGUCGGUGAUACUCCCGAAUCUGACAUCCGAGGCACCAACGAGUUCAACGAGAUUUCCGAGAAUGAAUGGUACUCCAUUCUGGUCAGCACUGGUGUCUGGCAACAGGGCACCAUCCCCCGCUUCCCUCCCAAGAAGAUUGUGGGCAACAUUCUCGAUGCGGUCAAGUAUGCGGUCGAGCGUGAGCAGCAGAAGAUUCACUCCAAGAAGAACUCUGCCCUGCUUGGCCAGACCGAUCAGCUCGUUAACUCUGAGGCGAAGGCUUAG